GUGUGUGUGUGUGUGCGCGCGCGCGCGUGUGUGUUUGUGUGUGCCUGUGUGUGCGCGCCCGUGUGCCAAUGGGGCUGCGUGUGCGUGUGUGCGCCCUCGCGGGAGUGUGAGUGCGUGAGAGCGCGCGGCGGGCAGGCGGGCGGGCGGGCAGAGGGAGAGACACCCAGCCACCGACUGCUGCAUUGCUGCUGAGCCACGACUCGCUCAGCCCCCAAUAUGCGGCCGCUGCUGCCGCUGCCGCCACCGCCGCCGCCGCCGCCGCUGCUGCCGCUGAGGGGCCCGCGAUCUGGUGGAGAUCAGCAGCAGAGCGGCGGCUGCAGGUGGAGAGCUUGGCGGUGGGCUUGAGCCGGGUCGGGCUCUCUUCUCCCUCCCCUCCCUUCCUUCCCCUCCCCCUCCCCUCGCUCCCCGGCCCCCCCGCCCGUCCGUCCGCCAGCCGCGGGUCCGCGCCAGGGAUUGGCACCGGCUUCUCCCCGACCCUUAUUUAUGAUGCUUUUUUUCUUGGGUGCUCUGCCUGUGAUGGUUUUUAGGCGGAGCCGUUUGCACCAAAAACUGUAGCAACUGCUCCCCCUUCUCUCCCCCUCCCCCCAUCCCUUCCCUUCCCCUUCCCUCCUCCCCUCCGAUACUGGAUCAACAGCAGAAGAGGGACUGGUCGGGAUCCGCGCAGAUAGACAAUGAAUAAUCGCAAGAAAUUGACUUGAAUUCCCCCGAAGCCGGCGCCGCCGCAGCUGAAGACGGCUCUCUUUUUUCUUUUUUCUUCUCUUUUCUUCUUGAAAGACCGAGGGACCACAGACAAACAAUUUGUUUCUUGUACCUUGUUCCUUUCCCCCCCUUUUUCUUUUUCACCUUUUGGGGGAUUUGCAAACCGAAUUACAUGCAUGUCCAGUGGGGGUAGGUUUAAUUUUGAUGAUGGAGGGUCCUACUGUGGAGGCUGGGAGGACGGCAAAGCGCACGGCCAUGGGAUCUGCACCGGCCCCAAGGGCCAAGGAGAAUACACCGGCUCCUGGAGUCACGGCUUCGAGGUGCUGGGGGUCUACACCUGGCCCAGCGGCAACACGUACCAGGGCACCUGGGCGCAGGGCAAGCGUCAUGGCAUCGGCCUGGAGAGCAAGGGGAAGUGGCUGUACAAGGGAGAGUGGACGCACGGCUUUAAGGGACGCUACGGGGUCCGGGAAUGUACCGGUAACGGGGCCAAGUACGAAGGCACCUGGAGCAAUGGAUUACAGGACGGCUAUGGGACGGAGACCUACUCGGAUGGAGGGACUUACCAGGGUCAAUGGGUUGGUGGAAUGCGCCAAGGCUAUGGCGUCCGGCAGAGUCCGUACGGCAUGGCUGCGGUCAUCAGGUCACUGAGGACGUCCAUCAACUCGCUGAGGAGUGAGCACACCAAUGGCACAGCACUGCACCCAGACGCCUCCCCUGCUGUAGCCGGCAGCCCUGCGGUGUCCCGAGGGGGCUUCGUCCUCGUGGCUCAUAGCGAUGCGGAGAUCCUCAAGAGCAAGAAGAAGGGGCUAUUCCGGCGGUCCCUACUGAGUGGCUUGAAGCUGCGGAAGUCCGAAUCCAAGAGUAGCCUGGCCAGCCAGAGGAGCAAGCAGAGUUCCUUCCGCAGCGAGGCUGGAAUGAGCACGGUCAGCUCCACUGCCAGCGACAUCAACUCCACCAUCAGCCUGGGUGAGGGGGAGGCAGAGCUGUCCGUCAUUGAGGAUGACAUCGAUGCCACCACAACUGAGACUUAUGUGGGUGAGUGGAAGAACGACAAACGGUCAGGCUUUGGGCUGAGCCAGCGCUCGGAUGGACUCAAGUAUGAGGGGGAGUGGGCCAACAACAAACGUCACGGCUAUGGAUGCAUGACUUUCCCGGAUGGCACGAAGGAGGAAGGGAAAUAUAAGCAGAAUAUUCUGGUGAGCGGAAAGCGCAAGAACCUGAUUCCACUGAGGGCCAGCAAAAUCCGGGAGAAGGUCGAUCGAGCUGUCGAGGCAGCCGAACGAGCGGCCACUAUCGCCAAGCAGAAAGCGGAGAUCGCAGCUUCCAGGACCUCUCACUCCCGGGCCAAGGCGGAGGCAGCUCUCACCGCGGCUCAAAAAGCCCAAGAAGAAGCUCGGAUGGCCAGGAUCACUGCCAAAGAGUUCUCGCCUUCCUUCCAGCACAGGGAAAAUGGACUUGAAUGUCAGAGGCCAAAGCGUCAGAAUUCCAGCGAUGAUAUCGAGGUGAUCUCCACAGGGACUCCCUUGCAACAGGAGAGUCCUGAGCUGUACCGGAAAGGCACAACCCCUUCCGACCUCACCCCCGACGACAGCCCUCUCCAGAGCUUCCCUGCCAGCCCCUCCAUCACGCCACCGCCAGUCCCGGCCUCCCGAAACAAGAGCGCCCACUUCUCCCGGCAGAUCUCCGUGGAUGAAGAGCGUGGCGGGGAGAUCCAGAUGUUGCUGGAGGGCCGGGGUGGGGACUACCUAAGACCUAACAGCUGGAGCGAGGAGAAGGUAGGGGGGUCGAGAGGGGUGCGGAGCGGCGCACUGCGGAGCUGCCAGCCCGGGGACGAGUACCGAGGCCGCAGCUCGGGGCACAAGCACCCGUCGUCCUCGUCGGCGUCGGGGAACCACAAGGCCCGGGAGAGGUGGGCGGAUUCCCCCACCCCAUUCUCAUGGACUUCCCAUCACCGAUCCAACAACCACAGCUCAGGAAACCCCAAGCUGUUGGAGUUGGACGAGAAGCUAAGCAACUACGAGAUGGAGAUGAAGCCGCUCAUGAGGAUGGAUUCGUAUAUGCAAGAGGUGCACACCCAAAAAAGACACUACAGUAAAGCCGGGGCCUGCCGGAGCUUGGUGGAGGAUCACCGCUCCGACGACCGGGCCUUCGGGGUGCAGAGACUGAGGUCCAAGGCCCAGAACAAGGAGAAUUUCAGGCCAUCGUCUUCUGCUGAGCCCACAGUGCAAAAACUGGAAAAUCUAAGGCUCGGGGACAAAGCCGAGCCCCGGCUACUGAGAUGGGACUUAACCUUUUCCCCACCCCAGAAAUCCUUACCUGUUGCACUAGAAUCUGAUGAGGAAAAUGGGAAUGAGCUGAAGUCCAGUACGGCUUGUGCUGAAAGCACUUCACAAACCUUAGAACCCCAUAGAAAUGGGAGCUAUACUUCUCAAGUGUUCAGAGGAUGCAAGGAUACAUUUGCCGUGGCCCUCCAUGGGGCUCAGAGAGAGACCAAAGGGCUCAGCUCCUAUUCUGGUGGUCAUGGUGAUCUUGCUAAACAUUGGAGUCGCCAUUUUGUUUAUUAACUUUUUCAUCUAAUGAGAUUGUCUUAGCAAAAAUAACAGUUCUACAUAUGGAUGGGGGAAAGGAGAGGAAAGCAAAACACAAGACAAAAACAAAACAAAACAAAAAAAGGGAACGAGUAUAACUCUGACUGUCCAACAACAACUUCCAAGUCUUUUCACAGAAGAACAACAUGAUUGGGUAUCACUCACAGUUUGCCUUUUUUUCUGGGUAAUGUUUUUUGGAUUUUAGCCAAAAUUCUUUGCUUGUAUAACACUAUGCUGUGUGACAUGGCAGAAGGUGGCCAACACGCCAGCCCUCCCAGCUAGACACGGAAAGAGAAGACAAGGGAUCUCGGGAAAUCAACAGCAAAAAUCAAAUCACCUUUGUUAUCAUUGUCAUCAUCACGGCAAGGAGGAUGAACUGCUGCCAGUGGCGGCCAAAGAGCAAAGUCCCGGAGGAGCGUCUCAUUUUGAGCUGGGUCAAGCAAGGAGAAGGAAGCAGAUGUCUUCAAGAUGCCAGGAUCAGGGUUGGGAGAUGGAAAGAAAGGUAGUUUAUACUUUCUUUUCACUCUCGACUUUGAGAUAUCCUGGUGACGAGCAUUUGUGGGUAUAGACAGGGAACGAAGCUGUCUUUUCCCAAUGGGUAGGGAAACUAGCCCUUCUUAUUGUCUUUAAAUGGACAUAUACAUAUGUUCAGGGGUGAGGGGAGAAACAGCUUCCCCUUUUCUACUCAUCUAAAUUAAUUAAUCUUAACAUUUUCCAACACUGCCCUGUAGGCUUUCUUUGAGAAGGCCAAAUCCCUGAUCCCAACUCAUACCCUGGAUUUUAACCAAACACAGGUGUGUGCAGACACAUCUGGAGCAGUGGUUCUUUUUUUUUUUUUUUUAGCAUCAAAUUCCCUAAACCCAAGUGUUCUCCUUUGCCUCCUUGUUACCCACACACCAGCUCCUAAGGGAAACCAUGCUACCAGAGGUCCAGGAAUUGGAUUCAGGUUCAGACUGGAGUGUCUAGAUGGGAAACCAGGGCGAUAAUUCAGAAGAGGAAUGAUGAAUGCAGCCGAUGUGUCUGGUACAUCUUGCCAUGGACAGUUUCCGACAUCAUGCUUGGGCUCAGAGCAUGUGGUAUUUUUGCACUUUGUAUGCAGGAUGUAUAUUCAGGCUUCCAACAUGUCCCUUGUUCGCCAUCAUUGGUAAUGACAGCCCCUUAAGGAUGUAUUGUUUUCUACGAUAUAUGUCACUUAAGUUCAUUGGUUUUACCAUCUUUGUAAUAAUGCCUGCCUUGAUUUCCCCACUGGUAGAUAUGCAUAGUCAUUAAAGAUGCACUAUCCCUGUUCUGAAGCUGUGUGGGUCCCAAUAACAGGAUCAUGUUUUAAAACUCAGUGGGCUAAAAAAAAAAAAAUUCCCAAGUUCACAAAAAUAAAUCUCUACCUCCCACCCCACCUCCCCUCAAAAAAACAAUGCAAAAACAUAUAACCUGAGUGUUGUUUCCGUCAGACCAGGAGGUGCCAUUAUGGCUUCAGGAUCUGACCCAAGUCAUAGGCUAGACCACCAUGUUUGACUGUCCCUCUCUGAUCAGUAGUCAUUAGAGAUAACACCCUGACAUGCCCGUGCGUGUAUGUAUGUGUCUAUACUGAGUGUGGACAGAUCCACAGACAAACACCUCAGUUCCAAAUUGGGGAAAUCCCUUUGCAAAAGGAUUCCACAUACAAUGCUGUUGGGUACAGCCCAGACUUCCGGACUCUGCUUUGCUUCUCUUUAGCUGUUUUUCUGCUCUGUUUGAAGCAGAUUUCUUUAUUACACUGCACUGGAUUGCUAUAUUUUUAACCAGAAAUAAACUAAAGAUUAGAGCAUGUUCCAUUUAAGUUUAGUUCUUUUCCUUACACACUCACACACACACACACACACACACUCUCUCUCUCUCUCUCUCUCUCUCUCUCUCACACACACACACACACACACACACACACACACACACACACAUACACAUGCCAUCCUCACAGUUUUCUUUAGUUUGAGGGUCUUUUUUGGGGAAGAGGGUGGGAGGGGACAAAGGAGGAGAGAGUAUCAGUAAUACAAAUACAUUUCUGACAAUUUGCUUUCUAAAGGGAUAUUACAUCUUUUGUACAUCUUAAUUUUCUGUUCCUCUUUUUUAAUAUUGAGUGGUUGCUGCAGAACCUAAAGUGAACCAAAUAAAGAUUCUUGUUAACUUGCAGCUCUGAGAAUCCUACAUGCUGGGAUACGUGUUUUGUAAUUCUGUUUGCAACUCUUUGUAAAGAUUAGCAAGACUUCUUUUGUACAUUCCAGUAACUGCAUGCCACAAAAUGGUACCUACAAAUGCAGGUUACAUAUUUACAUGCAAACACCAUACAAUAUUUAGAUAUGUAUUUAAAAAAAUCGACAGCACAAAAAUGCCUAUCAUUAAAUACGAGAACUAGUGGUUUCAUGCCUAGGGACUUCACACGGGUGACUGACUGUUUUCCAUGACCACCUUUCCUGGCUGCCAGUGAAUUAAAUUGUGGACACCCAGUGAAUACCCCAGAACUUUUGUUCUGGGGUCAUUAUAUUCACUAGGACCGAACCAUUUCCUCUCAUUCCCAAAUGACCGAAAGGACUGACUGGAGUCAAGGCUGACAAAACAGACUGCUUGGGUCUGAAAGAUACCUGAAGAGUAGCUUUAAUUGGUUUCCAAAACAAUGUGAUUAAAAGCAAGGAUGACUUGAUUAAUUGCUGUGGGUUGAGCACUUUAAGACAACACCUGCUUGUCCCACCUAAGCCAGAGCCUCACACUUCCCCGACAGCGACAUCACUCAUCGUUGUCCUCCACGGACAUCUACUGAGGGGCUUCUCUCCAUCUCUUGCCUGAGCACACACAGGCUUGUCUCACUAGAGGAAGGUAGAAGAGAAUCACAAGGUGGGCGGGGCAGUAUAGAAGCGCUCCAUGCGGCUAGCAGCCGUCUCCCAGUGGCCCAAAGCAUUUAAAAGGUUUUUAAUUAAUACCCAAAGCAAUCCUAUAAGAAAGGUGCCGUUGUCCCUAUGCUGCCUAUGUGAAAGCCGAAGCACAGAGAGUGAAGAGACUUGCCAGAGAAGGCACCAAAUCCACUCUGGGAAGGCGGUGGAUGAAUCUUACUAACCCAUGCUUUGAAACCUGGUUUUCUAAACCAUGCAUUUCAAACAGUUAAAAGGAGGGGAAAAAAGAGAUUUAUUUUGUUUGGAAAGAGUAUGCAGUAAGAAACUUGGAAAAUCAGCGAUCCUAGUCAUCGCCCUAAAAACAAAGCAUUUUAUGUAGGUCAUUUUGGCCAUUCUCUUGUUACUUGGCCAAACCCAAGCCUUGACUAACCCCAGGUUAGUCCAAUUAUAUGAAAAGAUAACUUGGGAGGAAAUGAGUCCUUGGUGAAAUCGGGUGAAAGAGACUCACCUGGGAAAGGAGUCACUUUUUUAAAGAGGUUUCCUAAAGGAUUUAGUUGAGUUGUUUGACUUCUCUGUGCCUCAGUUUACCUAUUUUUCUUACCUGAAACUUGAGGAUUUUCAUAAUUUGUAUUUCAAGUUGAUUUGUGCCUUUUGAAUUUGAUUUCCUGCAUAGGAAGUGUCUGAAUAGUUGAAUACCUUAAAAAUGCUCCUUUUCUCCAUCCUCUCGGACUUAUGGGCUGCAGGCCCCAGCUGAGAUGAUAUGAAUGGUGUGAUGUAUGUAAAAAUAAAGAGUAUGAACAAGCAAGGCCUAGCAGCCAGGCAGAAGGUCAGUGCAGCUCCCAGGAAAUGAGAGCACAUUCAUUUGAGCAGAUCACUAAGGGAGAAAAAUCCCAGAAACACAAGGGCUUACUGACUGAUUUUCUAAAGUGAUCCUUAACCCUUUCGAACAAAUGCCAACAUCCCUCUUUUUUGUUGUUGGGUUGGGUUUUUUUGAGUCAAAAUCUCCCCAAGCAUGCAUGAUUGGACAUGCCAGUCUCAAGCCAAUUCACUAUUUCCUAUAGCCACCCAAAAAGAGGCAUUUGAUGAAAUCACAAGACAAUUCUGGGCUCUAGAUGUUUGGUCCUCUGGCUUGUGGUGCCAAAAGAAAUGAUAGGUAGGCCACCAAGUAUGAAAAAUAUGCAGAUAGAGCCCCCAUAUUGGAUUGGUUGCAGAGAGUAGGUAGCUAUCUUUCAGGGAAUCCGAGGGCUGGAACAGUUUGUCACUCGGUUUUGAAAAAGAUUUUCCAUAAAGCAUGGAAUAACAUGUUCUGUCUCAGACAGAGCUUUUGUCCUUGAGACACCAUCUUGUAAAAAUGAAAGGGACAAGAGGGAACCUUGCAAGGCCUGCUAGUUCAUCUCCUACCUUCUAAUAAUAAUACAAUGGCUAAGACACCUGAGGUGGCUCAUCAAAGGGGACCAUUUUGAUAUUUCACUUUAUUGUGUUUCCUCCUCUCUAAUUUCAGAUGUCUUCAUGGUACACCCAUUUGGCUUGUUUUUUUCUUAUUCUGCCUUUAAGCCCAGAUGGAACUAACGGGUAUCUAUCAUCCUUUGUGCAAUAAUUUGUAUUUUCUCUCCUAGGUUAAAUCCCAUUUCUUUGACUUUUUUAUAGAAACUGUCUUCCAACAUUUACACCUUCCUUUAGUUCAGGAAAAGUAACUAAGGGAAAGGUGCCUUUCAAAAAUUGUGCAAAAUAUCUCCUCCACUAACUAACCAACUACUUGAUCUAGUAGAGAAGAAAGGAUGCCAGCAUUUUCAUCAUACCCAGUUAAGAUAAGUAGGGUUUCUCAACCUUUUUUUGUGGGUAUCCUGGAGCCCAAGGGCAGUCUGGUGAAGUCUAAGGACCCCUUCUCACAAUAACACUUUUAAAUGCUUCAAAGAAAACAUGGGGUUACAAAGGAAACCAAAGGUUAGUGAACAUUAAAAUGUCUUUGUCCCCCAUCUGAGUUCAUGGACUCUCUCUUCCAAGUUAAGAAGCUGAGAGAGAUUAAUUUUUAUAGUGUUUAUUUGACAGUUACUCCGGGGGGGGGGGGAGCAAAGAAGUUGCCUUUUGUUCGCUUAAGAAUAACAGUCAAAAAUCCAGUUAAAGGAAAGGGUAGAAGGCUGAAUCUUUGGCCUAUACAAGUAAGAUUUGCCUGAGGUGUUCGUCAGGCUGCCUCACCUCUGGCUGUCAGCGUUCCCCAGAAUUAAGAGUAAACAAAAUGAACCCUUUGACAUAGGAGUCCAAGCAGCCUUGCUAAGUCUGCCUUAAAUGAUGCAAGGGGGAGGAAAAAACAAACAAACCAACCAACCAUGAAGUUGCCUUGACUUAAGCAAUGCCCUUGAAACACAUAGGGCCCCUAAGAUAUAUCCAUCUACAUGCCUGCAAAAGAUGUGGAAAUCUAUGGGAAGACUCAGAAUAUAAGGGCUCGUGAAUCAUAAGCCAGGACAGGCUAUGAGGAACAGAAGGUUAUCCUUACGGCCUUGUGUCCAGGAAGGAUGGGGAAGGUUAUCAGUGUGAGACGGAAAGGGUUUGAAUGAUUUGGAGAGGACUCAGCGGCUGAAAAUGUUGAGAAAAGAUGGCCGACAUCUUAGGACUUAAUUCUACUGCUUGAUGGAGACUUUCAGGUCCAAAAUCCCUCGGUGGGGACACUGGCAACGAAAGAGGUGAUUUGGCUCGUGCAUGGAUAAAUGAUUUAAUGCCUUGCUUAUGGAGAGGGACUGAUUGUGUUUGUUUCAAUGCAUGGGACCAGAUUGGCAGCACCAGAGGCAUUAUUCUGUUCCGAGUCUUUCCUAUGCCAGUCUUUGUGGGCAGAUGGAGGAGCCUGAAAUCGGGCACAAACCCAGUACUUUGCAAGGAAAAGCACCCUGGCCGUAGGAGUCUGCUUAUUAUCAAGGCCGCUGUCCCCGCUCUGUUCAAUUCAAUACACGCCGAUCAUUUUACUGAAUGACUGUUACUUACAAAGUUAUGGCCAGGGUGUCUCAGGCCCACGAGAUAACAAAGGUCAAAGCAGAGAAUGGGUGCGACUUUACAUCCCUACCUCAUUUCUUGCUGUUUUUCUACUGUUGGUUGGCAAAAUGAAGAUCCUAUUCUGGAGGAGGAAAAAAAAAAAAGAGAUUUUAGUGGAUUAAAAAAUCAAUAUGUCCACAGUGAGAUGAUAUGGCUUCUCAAAGAACUACCACAAUCUCAGGCUGAACUGAAAAGCAUAUGAUCCCACUGUUUUCUUGUCCUGAUGAGUCCACACCUGGAGUACGGUGUUCAAUUCUGGGUGCCGUAUUUUAAGAAGGACAUUGAAAAGCUAGGCAGAGUGUCAAGGAAAAUGACCAGGACAGUGACCAUAGCCACCUUCAGAUAGCUGCCUCAUGGAAAAAAGACUAGACUCAUCUGUGAGGCUUUGGAACAAUGGAUUCUAGUUGCAGAGGCAGAUUUAGGCUGAGUUUAAAGGAAAAGCUUACAAAUAACUGAAGCUGUUCAGUAUAUAAGGUGAAUUUCCUGACAAUUUAGAUUCAUCCAAAAGGGGAAUGGCCUGCUUCAGGGAGUAGAGGGUACAAGUGGCACUAGAUACCCUCUGAGACCCCUUCUUAUUGAUCUUCACCGACACAUCAGUCAACUCAUUGCCAUCACAUAUUCAGAAGCAGAGUAAAACCAACAUGUCUCCUUGACACCCAAACUUUGGCCUUCUUUUUGUUUCUGUUUUCCCAUACAAAGGGGCUUAGCAGGAUUGACGUGAGGUCGGGAUUCAUAACAUUUUUCCUUCAAGUAUAUUUCUUCACGAGGUUAUUUUCUACUUCCCAUUCCUCCACUGUUGGGUUUCCAUGGGUCUCCGCCAACAGCUCCUGUAUUCCCCUCCACGGUGGCUAAGAUGUUUAAGGCACCUAGGGGAGUCUUGACCUGUCUCUUCCCCUACAUAGAUGCUCUCCCCUCCAUCCUGAUACCUUGAAAAGCUUUCCUUUCUAAUAUCACAGUAAUCCGCUUUCUCCCAUCCCAUUCAUAAUAAAUAGUGCCUGAGGCUUCCUCUUUCUUUGGGUGAAGAUCCUUUACCACCACUUGUUAGAAGGUCCUGUGUCCUGAUUCUGACCAUAUUGGUAACAUUCAGACAACUAAAGAUUCCUUUUAGGGAGUCUUAUGUCCAAAGUUCAUUGGAAUCUGAGCAAACACAGUUUUCCCCCUGACAUUCAUAAGGAUGAUUCCUAAGGUAAGGAGAUGUUAUUCAGUCUCAGUCGAUUUCUACCUUCCAUAAAAGCCUCAUAUUCUGUGGCUGGAAGGGAAAUGCUCUAACCAGCCAGGAUGGCUUUUCUCAACAGUAGGGUCAGUUUCAGAGGAGUGGACAGUUCAUAACCCAUAGGAAGUGACAGAAACGUCUGACAGAAGCACCCCCUUCUCUUUUCUUUAGAAAGGAUGAAGCUGCUCGCUUGUGCAGCAGCUGAAUGUCCUUGCUGCCAAGAUUGGGCAGAUGGACAUCAUCUUAGCCUACGUUUUUGCUGCAAAACCCAGAGCUUCCACGGUGUUAGCAAUUCUGGCUCUGCUUCUCCCCCCGUUUCUCUCUCUAGCUCUGGACUGUCAGCUCUCUCACUUCAGACUCUCCACCCAAGUGAGACCUGCCCAGUUUAGCACUGUCACUGCCGUAAUCAGAAUAGCUGUGACCUGCACUUUCACCUGCUGCUGGGUCCUCCUGGGGAUGAGGUGGGGAGGGCAACCAGGGCCCAAUGCUGCGGAUCCAAGUCCUGUUUCUCAUGCACAUUUGCCAGGUCCUUCUCCCUAACCGCAUGGAGAACAGUCCCUGGAGGCAGGGGCUUUCUCUUAAUGCCCAUGGUUCCUUAUUUCUGGUGCCUCCGUGACUUUCUGAGGUUCUGACUAGCAUCCUACUGGACACAAUUUAUUUAGCUGGACUCUGCGUCUUUGCAUCGCUCGCCCACCCAAAGUAGCCCGAUCUAAAAAGAAAAACCCAAUCAUCCUUUUGGAGAGCUGCAUAUGAAAACUUGAUCACACACUAGACAUGAAACCACUAACCCUUAUGUGGAUGCCUUUUUGUGACUCCUUAAGUAAACGGUCUAAAUCUGCAUUUUUCUUUUUUCUGGUUCUGUUCUUUUAUUUUUUUUUUUCCUGGUGCAUGUAAACUGUUUGCUGAUACAGUGCAAUUAUUUUGUGCAUUGACAAAAAAAAGGGAAUGUUGAAUAUAUUCUGACUUUUUUUCUCAUUGAUGAAGUGGCUACAAAAAGUUACCUCGGCCUUUUUUCUUUUCUUUUAGCUGAAAGAAAAUAGCUUGGUUACUUAAAAAAUGAUAAUAAAAUAAUUUUCUUUAAUGAA